UGACGUGCUGAGUGUCGUUGGCAAACACUGCGCAGGCGCAGACCGGCGGAUGAAGAUGGUGCUCAUCAAGGAAUACCGUGUGGUGUUGCCCAUUUCAGUUGAAGAGUACCAAGUGGGCCAGCUAUACUCGGUGGCCGAGGCCAGCAAAAACGAAACGGGCGGUGGUGAAGGCAUCGAGGUGCUGAAGAAUGAACCCUACGAGAAGGAUGGCGAGAAGGGACAGUACACACACAAAAUCUACCACUUAAAGAGUAAAGUCCCAGGAUACGUGAAGAUGAUAGCGCCGGAGGGAGCGUUUGUUUUUCACGAAAAGGCCUGGAAUGCCUACCCCUACUGUCGCACCAUUGUGACGAAUGAAUACAUGAAAGAUGACUUCAUGAUUAAGAUCGAGACGUGGCACAAGCCUGAUAAGGGAACAGUCGAAAACGUGCACGACCUGGAUGAGCAGACGUGGAGGAGUGUGGAAGUGGUUCCCAUAGAUAUUGCAAACAAAGAUGAAGUGACGCCAGGGGACUACAAACAAGAAGAAGAUCCUGCACUGUUCCAGUCAGCCAAGACAGGAAGAGGGCCUCUCGGCCCCGAGUGGAAGAACGAGCUCAAGACAGACUGUCCGUACAUGUGUGCAUACAAACUGGUCACGGUCAAGUUCCGAUGGUGGGGUCUUCAAACCAAAGUGGAGAACUUCAUCCACAAGCAAGAAAAGCGCAUCUUCACCAAUUUCCACCGCCAGCUCUUCUGCUGGGUGGACAGGUGGGUGGGGCUGACCAUGGAGGACAUCAGGCGUAUGGAGGAGGAGACUCAGAAGGAGCUGGAGGAGUUGCGUAAGACGGGUCCCAUUCGAGGCACCAGUGCUGCUCAUGAGCAAUGAGCCAAAUCAACCCAACCCUGUCUUGAUGAUGUCAUCGGAGGCACGCCCACCACCACCACCACCACCACCAAGAGGAAGUGGCCCUGAGGUCGCCUUCUUGCUUCCUGUCUCAUGUACAUGCUUAAUUUUGGGGGCAAAGAGAGGGGCGGGGUUUGACACGAUUGGAUCCCACUGUACAUACCCCCCUCCCCCCGCUCUGCUCAAACAACAACCUGGUUUUGCAUAAAUGUAUAUCUACACAGAAAGAAAAACUCUUUGCACAGAUGUAAUUUGCCUGAAAUGUAAAUGAUAGUUGAUUACGACGGACGGGCAUUGCUUGGAUUCGGCUGUGUCAGCACUGACUCCAAUGCCUUUUGAAAUUGAUUCUAAUUAGAAGAAUGUGCUUUUUAGACUUAAAGGUCCCCAACAGAUCGGUCGACAUAGCAGCUGUUGGACCAUUUCGUAUCAACUCCCCCGUGUAUUAUAUUGUCUAUUUGUAUUUGUCUACCUGUACUACUCCCCUCCCCUGCCGCACCGCGCCGCACCGUCUCCUCUGCCUGGCACCCUGCGGCGUUAACCACCAGGGCCACUUGGCGCUCGCGCAUGACACGCCCACUUGCAUGCGUUUAGAGCCUCGCAGGCAAGACUUGAUGCGGCGGGCGUGCAUCUUUUACGCCACCGCCGCUUGCUUGUCCUCGCUUAGCUCCACCACCGUCUGCUGUGCGAAUGAUGUCAAAGUGUGGCCCGCCUUUUUUUUUUUUUUAAAUCACGUAUAUAAUCUCACGGGCUUUUAAGAGCAACGACUGCAGUGUGCGUGUGUGCGGACGGAUGAGGCGGCGGUGUUCACUAAAGACUUUUUGAGGUUUUUUUUUUUCAUGUUUGUGUCGAGGUCUAAGUGUACUUUCUCAUCAGCCCGUCGUAGGAACUCGAAUGGGCUGUUAGCGUUUUUAACAUCUGGUUUUAUACUGUAUUGCAUUAAUGAAGUACAUGAUGUAUUCACGUGUGUGUUCAUGUUCAUUCAUGCUUUGGCUGUCCAAACACUGCAGGGCAUUUUUUGUUUUUCAACCUGUUCAAACCUCACACGGCGACAUAACGGUAUUUGGAUCAGCAUGCACGGUAUUUUCUCAGCUGCUUCCCUGUUUUGUCUUUUUUUUUUUUUUUGCAUCUGAUGAGCUUCAUCAGACUGGAAGGAAAUCCUUUGCAGGGCGUCUCCUCAGCGUUUCACUGCACUCGGCGUCACCUCUGACCAGUCGAGUUAUUGUGGUGGUGAUGAUGGGGGUCGCCCUCCAGACUGGACCUGACCUAUUUUGGGUGGGUGCGUGUGUGUGUGUGCGCGUGUGUGAUGCCAGCCAGAGUGUGACUGUGAGGGGAGGAACAGAAGCUUAGACGACAAAAUCCAAAAUUGACUGGUUUCUUCUUGAUAGUCUUCAUGAAGAAGCACUUUGGAAAGAUGGAAGGACUCAAGUUUGUCUCAUCAUGAAGACAACAUUCAGGGGUAUCAGUAGUGAAUGUACAAUUAGUUUUUUUUUUCUUGUUCACAGUUUGCAAGCUGUGACUGAAGGUCUAGACAAUGGAACACAACAGAAUAUCUAAUAAAUUUGAACAAUUAA